GUGAGUCUGUCGAGAUUUUGACCACGUGAACAAGGAAACACAUUCGAGAUUACCGUGACGACAGCCAAGCGUUGUUUUGACGACAAUUCUCACUCACUUCAGGAAGUCAUGAGUCAGUAUGUCUGUUGAGCUCGAGUGAAUUACACAUAAAUACUGAACCGCACGGGACAGGACAUCUUCCGUCUGGGCAGUUUCCAGGGAGAUGUGUCUCGAGCGAGUAGCCCGAUACAUGACAUCAUCACCCGACAAGGUGCAGCUCUAUCUGCCAGUUCACAACGAAUAUGUCGAGUUUGGCGAAGGCCUGUCGCUGCAUGAGGAGAUAACGAGGUACAUCGGGAAGGAGUUCCCACAUGUUCCAGGAAAUAAAUGUUCCGUGUACUGCGUUCCAAAACAACCCAUUCACAGGACAGAGCAACAGGCCAAUCAAGCAGAAAGCCACGUUUUCAAUUGUUUGAGAGAACUGGACAUCCCUGGAUUGUGGGUGGUAUUCUUUCAGGGACGCAGUUACGGGGGGAAAUCAUUCCGCAAAGAGAGAAAUGGGAAGCUGAUGAUGAGAGAACAUGACUACGUGAUAUUCACUUCAUACAACGGAAACAAUCACGUGACGCUCGUGGAGGUGAAGUCAACGUGCGAUGCAUCGCGCGAAGGAAUGAAGAUUAGCGAUGCAAAGGCAAUCAAAAACAGCAAGCGAUCGGCUCAGCAUCAGCUUCGGGACCACGUGGAACUGCUUCAGGCUAGUGUGGAAAUGAGUACUGACUUGAGCAGCGAGCUGAACUGUUUCAUUUUCUGGCCUUUUCUAUCGUGCAUGACCAAAGAUCCACAGAACAACACAAUUUCACGGUGGAAGGAAGACGGCAAACUGCACGUGUUUAUGGACGCGUUCGAAACGCCAGCAAAAUUUAUACAGUGGUUCCAAGAUGAGAUUCUUCGAAAUGGAAACUGUAUGAACAGCAACCACUGGGAUGUAUUGCUCAAGAGGUUCAUAGUUCUGAGCUGCGGAGUGUAUGUUGAUGAGAUCCAUGAAGGGAUGCUGGCUCUUUUGUCUCAGGAACAAGUGGACUUGUUAAAUCGGAGACCGACUGGCAAACCCCUCAUAAUCCACGGAGCAGCUGGUACCGGUAAGACGAUGCUCACUGUGCGGAAGCUGCAACAGCUGUACGAAGAUGGACAACUCCAUGAAAAUUCCAGGGCUCUCUACAUUUGCUACUGGCCAGGAAUUCGUUGCGACGUCGUUCAGAAGCUGGAAGCCCUCGGAAUAUCAGAAUUUGUAGACACUCAGCGUUUCUUCAUCAGCACAGAUGGAUUUUUGAAAGGAAAUAAAAAAGGUUAUAAGCAUAUAUUUAUGGAUGAGUCUGAAGCAAUCUGUUUAUCAUUUGAAGAGAGAAUAAUCACACAAACAUUUGAAGAAAUAUUUAAGCAUUACCACAUGGGGAAUCCUUGCGCUGGUGCUCAAGAACCGGGUGUUCUGUGGUUUCUUGUCGACAUAAAUCAGGCCUCUCUGUUCCUCCCGAAGCAUUCACCGAACAUUCUGAAGACUCCUGACGUAAUAUUAACAAAUGUGGUGCGGUCAACUGGCACCAUUUACAGAGUCUUCAAACAAUUUUAUCAAGAGCCAGUCCCGAGAUUUCCUGCCGCAGUUAAACUGGAAGCGUAUCAAAACCUUCAAGGGAUCUCUAUAGCACAUAACAUAAGUGGGCCCCCCAUCUACUGGGUGGAUAGCAACAGUCAACAAUCUUGUCUUCAAGCGAUGGUGUCCGUCAUUCUAGACCUCUGCUCCACCAAAGGCAUCAAGCCAAAUGAUCUUUGUGUCCUGCCAUUUUUUGUAAACAGCGAUUUCAGGCCUGACGUAAUAAACCGCGAAAUUGAAAACCAUUUUGUGGAUCAAGGAUUCAUGCCGCAAGCGCUCGCAAACGUUGAAAGCUUUUUGCUGACGAGCAAACCGAAUAAUUUCCUAGUUCCAUGGGUUCUGCGUGUAAAGGGACUGGAGUUCAAGGUGGUCGUCAUGGUCAUAGACGACGAAGACUUCGACUUCGCGGACGCAGAAGACAGGAGGAAGGUUUAUAUAAUGGUGUCACGAUGCACUUGUCUGCUCGUGCUGCUCAGUUCAGAAGCCGUCAAAAACAGCAUCGACAAACACAAGAUCAUCAUAAAUUAUCCGUUCUCACUGAAACUACCGUAGGAUGCGUCGCAAUGUAGAUAUUCUGUUGCAACGCACAGUAAUGCGUUCAGUCCCGUUUAAAUAACGGACUUCACGCCGAAGAGUUCUGUGAGCAGCCGAUGGUUAUUUGGCUAGUCAGUGAAUUCUUGAUUUUUACUGAACCCGAAGGUUCAUUACUACGUUCACUAAAGAAUUCCACCUGCGUUCUGAACCAGCUCACGUAUUCUCAUCUAUGCCUGGGUCUAGCAAGUGGUCUCUGCCAUAUUCUCUAAUUAAAAUUUUGCACUUAUUUCUCUCCUCCAUGCACCUUCCAUCUUAAUCUGCAAUAAAAAUAUUUUCCAAUAACAUGGUAAAGUAGGUUUGACUUAAGAACAGUCAUACAGGGUGUUCUGGAAUAUAACCUCAGAAUUAGGAUAAAACAUUUCAAUGGAAAGACACGGUUGUUUUAAACUGCCCGUCACGUAUGUGAUGAAACGUUACAAGGUCAUAUCUUAUUACAGUUUCAUACUCGUGUUCCUUAAAUGUAGGUUGUGAAAAGAAGCAGCUUCGACGACGAGUUAACUUUCGAAUGGUACAACUAUAAUCUCGGAACACUGUACUACUCAUAAAUUUGUGACCGACAUAUUUAUAAAGUAGCUAUGAUGCUCGCCAAGUAUGACGUACACAUCCUCAGUUACGCGCCAGAAAU